CACACUUCACUCGGUCUCUUUCAAUAUAUCGCUAAAAGUGCUAGGUAGUCAGACCUGACAGAGAUACAAUGUCAUCCAUCGGUACAGGCUACGACCUUGACGUUUCUACGUAUUCUCCUGAUGGAAGAUUGUUCCAGAUUGAAUAUGCCAACAAAGCUGUUGAAGCUGCUGGAGUCGCCAUAGGUCUUCGAUGCUCCGAUGGAGUGGUACUUGCAGUAGAAAGAAUGCUUCACUCUCGUCUUCUCGUCAAAGGUGCCAAUAGACGAAUACAAUCUCUUGACGAUCAUAUCGGUAUGGCCUCUGCUGGUUUGUUGGCCGAUGCGAAGAAUCUCGGGAAUAGAGGAAGAGAUGAGGUGCAUAAUUAUAGGGAUUCUUAUAAUUCUCCUAUAACCGUUCAGAUUCUCUCCGACCGGAUGUCCGGAUACGUCCAAGCUCACACAUGUUACGGUUCCUCCAGACCAUUCGGGAUUUCUACUCUCCUGGCAGGAGUCGAUAAUACUGGUCCUCGUCUCUUUUGUAUCGAGCCCAGUGGGGUUUACUAUGGAUAUCAUGGUGCAGCGGUGGGAAAGGGUAAGGCGUUAGCCAAGACGGAAUUGGAAAAGGUUUUGGCGAAGGAAGGUGGGGUGACGUGUCGGGAAGGUGUGAUGGAGGUUGCAAGAAUCAUACACUUGGUACAUGACGACAACAAAGACAAGGAAUUCGAACUUGAGAUGACCUGGGUAUGUGCGGAGAGCGGAGGGAAACAUAAGGCUGUACCUGAGGACCUGCUCAAAGAAGCCGAAGCUGCCGCUAGAGCUGCAUUAGAGGAAGGUAUGGAGGAGGAUUGAUCAGACUCGUUUAGUAUAUACCAAGCUAUUCCUGACAAUGCAUAUGAAUUCUUUCGGC